AUGUUAUCAUCCCUUGUCAUUGCAGCAAUCUUCCUCUGGGCCCGGUUGGCGAAUGCCUGGGGCACGCUGGGCCAUGAGACGAUAGCAUGGAUUGCUCAAUCUUAUGUCUCAUCUACCACAAAGGCAGCAGUCCAAUCGAUUCUAGACUCGACGACGUCGGACUAUAUGGCCAAUGUCUCUACUUGGGCUGAUUCAUACCGGUACACCAGUGAGGGCGGCUGGUCUGCACCACUUCAUUUCAUCGAUGCGAACGACAACCCUCCAGAGUCCUGUUCAGUGGACUUCAGUCGUGAUUGUGGCGAUGCCGGAUGCUCGGUCUCGGCCAUUGUGAACUAUACAUCGAUCCUGUUGGAUGACAACGCCAAGUCUUCGACCUUACUCGACGCCAUGCGAUUUAUCAUUCAUUUCGUCGGAGACCUGCAUCAACCUCUUCAUGACGAGGGCCUCGAUGUCGGAGGGAACACCAUCAACGUCACCUACGAUGGAGACAAGACCAAUCUGCACCAUAUUUGGGACACGGAGAUCGUGGAGCAGUUGGCAGAUGGUCAGGACGCUGAGGCAUUCGGGAAGAAUCUCACCGCAGCGAUCAAGGCGGGCGACUACGGUUGGGAUGCCAGCAGUUGGCUGGAUGGUAUCAGUGUGAAUGACACGCAAACCACGGCUAUGAGUUGGGCGAGUGAGGCGAAUGGCUAUGUGUGCACCGACGUCCUCGCUUCAGGGAUUGAUGCGGUUGAAGAAGGGGAUCUGAGCGGCACCUAUUACAAGGCCCAUUAUGACGUGGCGAGGAUCCAGAUUGCGCGGGCUGGCUAUAGGUUGGGGGCCUGGCUGAACUUGAUAUACACUGGUCAGACAAGUGGUUGA